CAUUUGAGAGAACGCAGCGCUGCCGCUCGGUUCGUGGCGCGAUCGAUCGUCCGAUGUUUAGCACCUGGUUUUUUUUUGCAUACGAGUAUAUGCAUUACACUUACGCCGCCGAGCGGCCCCCCGUCCUUCCGCCUGUCGUCGUUGUCGUGUCGUUGAAAAAACAAUAACAAAAGCCGAGUGACACACGGCAAAAAAAAAAAGAAACCGAAAAGAAAACGAUACGGCUGCUAUGGAUCCAAUUUUCUUCUCGCCAUCGAAUGGUAUACCUUCAGAGAGUAAACUCGCCACCUAUAUGAACCGUCAGAAUGUCGCCACAUCGAACGGUUAUGGGCUGAAUAACGGGUUCUCACUGCUUAACCUGGACUCGCCCAUGGCGGUUAAUAAAAAGUCUCAGGUCACACCACAGUCGCCCGAGUUCAUUCCAACGCGCAUCAACUCGUCCCCCAACUUCUAUCCACCAUAUCACAGCGCUCCUAUGCAAUUGAGUAAUGGACUCAAUGGCGUUAAUGGGUUAACAGCAGCGGCCGCAGCAGCCGCCGCAGCAGCAGCAGCCGCAGCAGCAGCCGCCGCCGCCGCAGGUGCACCAACAGUUACCACAUCAUCGGUGGCCGCCGCAUCAGCCACCAUUACCAAACAACAGCAACAGACCAACGGCGGCAACACCUCCAUGCUAUCCAUGCAGAAAUCUGCCUCCAUUGCCACUGUCACUAUUGCACAACAGCAACAACAACAACAGCAGCAACAACAACAGCAGCAGCAACAACAAAAACAACAACAACAACCUCUGGGAGGAGGAGGAGCAGUAUCAGCACCUAUAGCUAUAAGUGGCAACGGUCCACCGAAUCCCGCUGCAGCGCCUUUCGUCAGCAGCAUGUCCGCCCAGACACCACUAAAGAACCGGGGUCACGGAGCGAUGCUGCGCCAGGAAUCACCCACGGCGGCCAUGCUGGCGGGCGGUGGCGGUGGUCCGGGUGAGAAAUCCCCACCCCACGGCAUGACACCACACGGAGCCUCACCAAUACCCACCACUAUGCCGGCAAGUGUGCAUCAGGAGAACGUCGGCGGCACCAUCUACUUCUAUCCAACUGCCAACGCACAGAACAACCAGCCGGUCGUGAACUCAGUGGUGGUGGACACCACUCAUCCCGCCCACCACGGCGUCAGUGCCGUGGCGCCGAUGAACGCUGUUGGCGGGGUGCCGCCAACUAUGUUCUACACGGGGCAUGUCUAUCCGGGUCCGGCCUCCAAUGUGAUGACCAUGCACCCGAAAACGCAGCUGGAGUCCGCCUUCUUCAUACCCGACGAGAUGCGCUCCGAAAUUCUUGCCCGCAACGAGAUCUCCAACCUGAUCAUGGACGCAGCGGAGGCGGCCCAGCACGCCCUCCCAAUGGAGGUGGACAACUACCAUGCUCUGUAUCCCCUGGAACCGCCGGCCCAGCCCUUGCAUGCCAAGCUAACGCUACCCGCCAGCACGUACCGGGCCACGCACAAUACCACAGGCUACAAGUACUGCCUGCGAAGGUUGCACGGGUUCCGCCUGCAGUCGACCAAGUGCAUGACGCUGGUGGAGAUGUGGAAGAAGCUGCAGCACACGAAUGUGGUGCAAUUACGGGAGGUGUUUACGACGAAAGCAUUUGGUGAUAAUUCUUUAGUAUUAGUUUACGACUAUUAUCCCGGCUCACAGACAUUGCUGGCCAAGUACUUUACACCAGCGCCCGAUACCAACGGUUACACUGAUCCAUUCCAAGGCGAUGCCCGCCCCUUCAGUCAUAAGAGCAACAUACAGCGAUCGAACAGCGGACCUUUGCUGCCGGAGUCCACCAUCUGGUCGAUAAUCAUGCAGCUAACCGCCGGCCUUAGAGCCAUCCACCAGGCGGGUCUAGCAUGCAAGGUCCUGGAUCCCACCAAGAUUAUAGUUACGGGAAAAAGGGUUAGGUUUAGUUCGUGCUGCAUCUCGGAUAUCACGCAAUUCGACCCCAACGCCGCCAAUCCACUGGCCUUGGUUAAUAUGCACCAGCAGGAUGAUCUGACCGCUCUGGGUCGCUUAGUAUUAGCUUUGGCCUGCCGCUGUCUGCAAUCCGUACAGCGCGACAAUGUCCAGUCCAGCAUCGACAUGGUCACCCGAAACUACUCCACCGAUCUGCGUAACUUUAUUGUUUACCUCUUUACCACUAAUAAUCGUCGCUCGGUGACCGAUCUGAUGCCUAUGAUUGGAGCCCGUUUCUAUACCCAGCUGGAUGCUCUGCAAAGCCAGAUAGACAUGCAGGAGGAUGAGCUGGCCAAGGAGAUGGAGAACGGGCGGUUAUAUCGCAUUUUGGUUAAAUUAAAUAGCAUUAAUGAGCGGCCCAACUUUAAUCUGGACUUUACUUGGUCAGAGACUGGUGAUAGAUACAUGUUGAAAUUAUUCCGCGAUUAUUUGUUCCAUUCCGUAACCGAGGAUGGCCGGCCCUGGCUAGAUCACGCACAUAUUGUACAAUCCCUCAACAAGCUGGAUGCUGGCUCCAUAGAGCGCGUGCAACUGAUGUCGCGCGAUGAGCAAUCGGUACUCAUUGUAUCCUAUUCUGAACUCAAGAAUUGUCUGGAGAAGGCCUUCUCCGAACUGAUGUCUACGACCAACUGAGCACCUCAACCAGGAAACUGAAACUGUAACUGAAAACACGCGCAGCUCACUUAGCCACCAACUCCACUCCUCCCAAACGACCACAAACAUAAGAAGCGACUACGAUUUAAACGGUUUAACUAAUAAGCGGAACAUUCAUUACGACUAAGACACUUUUGCUGGCCCACGCUGGCUAAAUAGAAACCAUAAAACAAUUUAAAAAAAAAUACGAAAAAAGAUGUAUUGUUAAGCCAAAACUUAAAACAAAAAAAAAAACAAAAAUAAUAUGAAAGAAAACUGAUGAUAUCCAAUGUUAUGUUAGCUCUUAAUUUUAGGCAUUUAAAAAAACAAUACAAAAAGAAACACCCACAAUU